UGUAAGCAAAACAGCUUAAAGGAGGAUCCCAGGCUUAAUGACUGAAUGUCUAAACCUUUCCAAGAGAUGGUGGCACUCUAAUUCCUCACCAGGCGCCCCUCCCAAAAGGAAUAAUGAUAUGCAAAUAGAGGCACACUGCUCUGCUGGCAAAGAGAGAGGGGGAAGGACCAGGUUUUUAUUUAGGCAUCAGACUCAGGACCCUGGAAGAACUCAGGAGGGGAUGUUUCACUUUAAUAUAUAACUCUAAGGGCAAGAAGACCGUGAGACGCACCCACGCCUUGGUUCACUUGGCAGUGCAGCUGAGGGCAGCUCAGGUUGGCGGUGACAGACAGAGUGAAAAGAAAGCUGACCUUCUGACUUCUUGAUGGAGCCCAAGCUUUUUGUGCUGCUGUUGCUUCAGGCAGUAUGGAAAGAUGCUUUUGCAAAAUCCCGUUCCUUACAUAGGAGAGGACUCGUUGAAUUGUCUGGCACCAUAACGUGUGGCACAGGACGCUCGUCAUUGGCAUACAUAGGCUAUGGAUGCUACUGUGGUCUCGGAGGACAAGGCUGGCCUAAAGAUAAAACAGACUGGUGUUGCCACAAGCAUGACUGCUGUUAUGACAAGGCAGAGCGGGAAGGCUGCGACCCCAAGAUGCAGAGAUAUGAAUGGAUCUGUGAAGGCAACACGGUGGUGUGUGAUAAGCUGACAGACAGGUGUGAAAAAAUGGUGUGCCAAUGUGACCAGGAAGCAGCCAGCUGUUGGGGUGCAGCCUCCUAUAACCCAAACUUGAUCCUCUGGCCAGAUUUUUUAUGUGGACAAAACCAUCCCACAUGUCAUUUUAGUCCUGUAUGAAAGGAGGUAUAUGACUCAUCUUAGGAAUUUCUUCCUCCCUCCUAAUUCUUUGACUUUGGAGACACUGUCAUUAAAAUUGUUCAUCUUUUGUCAAAACUGAUGAUGAUGUGAAGGAAUUCCUGUCAGCAUGGGAGUAGAUCGGGGUGGUGAGGAGGUUGGUUGGGAAACAGGUUUGGUUAUACGUCCUCUCAGCAUUUCAAAUUAAGGACACAAUCACAGUCCUGCUUUCUACCAUUUGCUUGCCAAAAAUUGAAGUCUUCUACACUGAGGCAUAUCCCCAUUCAACAGAAGAUUCCAAAUUGCAGUUUAUAAAUAUGAAGCUUUAACAAUAA